AUGCAGUCAGACAUACAGGUGUUCGUGCGAUGGAAAGAGCAAACUAUUUUCGCUGGGGAGGAUGUCGAAUGCACCAUUACCUUCAAGAAUGUUGCCCCCAGCGGCUCCAGUUCGGAUCUUAGUGCUGCUUCCCAGAAGCACGCGAGACGGGGCUCGCGUCCUAUGAAUGGAGUGGUCAAUGGAGGAAAUUAUUCGCCUGCGAAAUCCCUGAACCCAUUCUCUUUCAAUAAUCGACGUUCGGCAACCUCAAGCCCUCGGAAUCGACAAUCUGGUUUCGACAGAUCUCAUCGGAGCGCAGCGUCUAUGAGCUCCCCGCUCUCCCUAAGCCACAGUUUCCCGCCGAUUACCGCGAAUCACAAUGGGAUCCAAAUUCCGGGCCACAGACACAAGAGAUCUGUUUCUAUCAUAUCCCUAGAUCCCGAAAAGCAAGGAUCGCCCACUGUUAACCAAAGGAUGGGGAGGGCCCAUUCUAGAUCUGCAAGCUUUCAAGUAUUUUCAAAGAAGAAUGAGCUAUAUGGAGAGAACCCUAAUCCUGCUUCUCGCCCUUUAAACUACAGUCCUGCGCGGAACGAUUCGAUACCAAACUUGCCAUUACCCAGUCGAAGAAGCUUUCCGGACCGAACUCAGCUGCCUACACAUCCUCAAUCAGAAAUACCAAAUCAGAUUCAGCGGGAUUCAGGGCGCCCUCCGCCUGCCUUACGAACUGAUUUUAAGUUUCCGCAGGCUCCCCCCACACCCAGUGAUACCCUGUCGAGCAAAAAUACUUCCCCUGUCUCCAUCACUCCACCCACCUUGAACACGAAGGAUGUUCCUACACUAGAGCUGCCUACUCGCUUAACUCCUGCUAUGAAGAUACUUUCCGCUUCUAGCAUGAACGGGAGCACUCGCAGUAGUGGAGAGUUCUAUUCCUUGAGCAACAAUUCAACCGAGACACUUGAGUCAGAAUAUGUGACGUAUACAAAUAAACCCCAACUGCCGAUCCGGCAUAGACGGCAUCAUUCCAACAUGGAACCCGUUGGGAAACAUGGCAAAAAUAAUUCCCAGACACUACUUAUGGGCUACGCCCAAAUUAGCGCUUCUUUUACCGUUGAUGGGUCGUUAAUAAAUCAGGCUCUAUUCGAGGAGGUGAAACGCAAGGGAGUGGUAGGAAAUCCCGCACGAGGCGAUAUUUCUCGCAAAACUGAGAAGGCCCGGAAUGGAUUUUGGGGAACCCUUGGCGGAUGGAAUAAUCUGAGUGAUUCAUUAUCUACAUUACUUUCCAGUAACGAACUCGAUGGAUUAAGAGACAUGAGAGGUGUCGCCUCGUCCCAGGCAAUUCCCCUACUGUCCACGCCGCAGUCUCUUUUGUUUGUCGACUUGCGUUUGGAUCCCGGUGAGGAAAAGAGCUUUUCCUUUGCAUUUACCUUGCCAAGGGGUUUGCCCGCGAGCCACAAAGGGAAAGCGAUCAAGGUUUCCUAUAAUUUGGUCAUUGGUACUCAACGUGCCAUAAAUCCAAAAGAGCCACAGAAGGUCCAUCGAAUAAAUGUUCCGUUCCGAGUCCUCAGUGGAGUUGAUGGACAUGACUUGAUGAGACCAUACGUGUUGCUUCGAGAUGAAGCCCGUGUACAAAAACUCGAAAAAGUCCCUGCACGCGCUACUAAAGAAAAGAGUAUAAGUGUAAAAUCGUGGACCUCAGCUCCGGAGUUUUUGUCUUAUGUCGAUGAGAUAUUGGAUCGUUGUGUUAGGCGCGAAUCUAUCACCACAUCAACGCUGUCCACAGACAAUCGUCUAGGUCUUUUCUCUCCCACAGGGCAAUUCUCCUGUAAAGACGCAAUCGAGUUAGCGAUUUUGCGAAGCAAUCAAUUAUCGACGUCGGACCGAAGCGCCAACCGGUUUGAGAUAACUCGCAACGGACGACGGAUUGCAGUUAUAAUAUUGAACCGGCCAGCUCAUCGUCUAGGAGAGACCAUUAUCGCCACGAUCGAUUUCUCGGGCUCUGCACUACCUUGCUACUCGUUACGAGGGUCCCUUGAAACGACCGAAAAAGUCAGCCCGACAAUUGCCCUCCGCUCCAGCGCGAGCAUUACACGCGCGACGCGGAAAAUGCACGCCCGCUGCUUUGAAAACACAUUGUUUGCUACGAGGGUGGCUUUUACGCCCUCGAUUCCUGUCUCCGCGACACCAACGAUUAUCACUUCAGGGGUCAAUCUUGAAUGGGAGCUUCGCUUCGAAUUCGUGACAAGUAGCAUCCUUGAUGAUGAUGGGUUUGGGCCAUCUGGAAUCAACCUGCUGGAGACUGUGGAACGGGAUGAUAGAGGCAUGGUCUUGGCGUCGUUGGAAAGUAUUUCCUGUGAAUCUUUUGAGGUCGUGAUUCCUUUGACUGUGUAUGGAGGUAGUGUUCAAGAACCCGCUGGGGAGGAACUCCAAGGCGUUUCGAUCUAG